CGAUCACCAGAUCAUUCAGUUCAACGGAAAACUCACCUGGCCACAGCGACACGUGAACCCUACCCACGUGUCCCCAUUGCGUUUCACCGCAGCAAGACACGUCAUCUUCGACCCGCGAUCUCCUGCCAGACCGUCUAAGUUUCCCCUUUCGCAUUUUUCCCCGCGACGCGCUCAAUGACCGGCGCCGAUCCCGCUGCAGCAGCCCCGGCGCCCGCGGAGGCGAGUGCAGGAGGCGCAGGCGGGGAGAAUGCGGGGGAGCGGAAGGCCGGGGAGGCGGAGCAGAGCGCGGGGGAGGGGGAGCAGGUGGUGACGCCGUGGGAGGUGUCAGCUGAGGGCGGCAUCGACUACAACAAGCUUAUCGAGCAGUUCGGCUGCCAGCGCCUCGAGCCCGCGCUUAUAGCGCGUAUGGAGAAGCUCACCGGCGCGCGCGCGCACCCGUUCCUGCGCCGCGGCAUCUUCUUUGCGCACCGCGACUUCGAUAAGAUCCUGGACGCGGUGGAGAAGGGCGAGCGGUUCUACCUGUACACGGGGCGAGGGCCGUCGUCAGAGGCGCUGCACCUGGGCCACCUGAUCCCCUUCAUGUUCACUAAGUGGCUGCAAGAGGCCUUCAAGGUGCCUCUGGUCAUCCAGCUCACGGACGACGAGAAGUACCUGUGGAAGAGCAUGAGUGUGGACGAGGCGCGGCGCCUGGCCCGGGAAAACGCCAAAGACAUCAUUGCAUGCGGCUUUGACGUGGCGAGGACGUUUAUUUUCUGCGACUUUGACUAUGUGGGCGGGGACUUCUACCAGAAUAUCGUCAAGAUUGCUCGAUGCGUCACACUCAACCAGGCACGUGGCAUCUUUGGAUUCGACGGCGAGGAUUGCAUCGGCAAAGUGGGCUUCCCUCCCGUUCAGGCCGCCCCAGCAUGCCCCUCGUCCUUCCCGCACCUGUUUGGGCGCAAGAACGAAGUGCGCUGCCUCAUCCCCCACGCCAUCGACCAGGACCCCUACUUCCGCAUGACGCGGGACUGUGCCCCCCGCCUGGGCUUCCACAAGCCCGCGCUCAUCGAGUCACGCUUCUUCCCCGCGCUGCAGGGCGAGAGUGGGAAGAUGAGUGCAAGUGAUCCGAACUCUGCUGUCUUUGUGACGGACUCGCCAAAGGAAAUCAAGAACAAGAUCAACCGCUACGCCUUCUCAGGCGGGGGUGCCACCAUCGAGGAACACCGGGCCAAGGGGGCCAACCUCGAGGUGGACGUGCCAGUGAAGUACCUCUCCUUCUUCCUAGAUGACGAUGCUGAGCUUGAGCACAUCAAGACGGAGUACGGGGCGGGGCGCAUGCUAACGGGCGAUGUGAAGAAGCGGCUGGUGGAGGUGCUGACAGCCAUGGUGGAGCGCCACCAGAAGGCACGCGAGCUGGUCACGGACGAGAUGGUGGAUGCGUUCAUGGCAGUGCGGCCCAUGCCACACAUGUUCUGUUGAUUACCACCGAUGGCGAAGUUCUUGGACUUCUACUGGUUGUGUCCUCCAUUGUGUGUUCUAUCAGGUAUAAGGAAUA